UUAGCAAUUAAAAUGAAGGGAAGUGCUGACAUCAUCAACACUAGCGAGGUGGUGGUCAAGAGCUGUCCCGAGAGGAAUCCCGAGGAUCAAGAAAAGGACAGCGAUAAGCGACUAUGGAUCAAGAAAAUGUCAGGUGUAGCAGCCUGCCUGGCCCACGGUUUCUUUAUUGGUCCAGUGCCGGUGUUAUCACGAUACGUAGAAGAUCGAGGAUACACACCAUACCAGAUACUUUUCUUGUUUGAUCUGCUGAUUUCGCUUGUAGCUCUGGGGAUCACUGUGUACCAAAGGACAAACAUGUUACCAAACGACUGGAAACAAGGAGCAAAAUUGCUUUUCCAAGGAUUGACUCAAUUCACCAGUAUACUCUGCCUCUACACGUCGUACCGUCUUAUCCCUCCUGCGAACGCAGAAGUCGUCUGGAACGCCGGCAUGCCGGUUUUUGUGGUGGCCUUGUCCUGUGUCUUCCUUGAAGAGAUUCCAACUCGUGUAACCGUUCUCGGCAGCAUGUGGUGUAUAGCAGGUGUCGCGCUUCUGGGCUACGGUAGCUUCGUCAACAUGAAGUCAUCAGCAGACACUGCAGACAUUACUUUUGGAAUAGUUCUAACCAUAACCGGAGCAUUUAUUCACUCCAUGCAAAACGUCGGCGCCAAAGGUCUUUUAGAAUCCACCCCGAGGGCAAAGGUUGUAACAUACACGUACGGUAUCAGCACAGUGAUUGCCGGGAUAGGGGCGUUUAUUACUAGUUCCACGUGGCACCUUGAACCAGUGCCUGCCGCAGUCUUAGUGCUAAGCUGUGUCAGUCACGCACUCUUCGUGCUCUUUCUCUAUAUCGCUCUAAAGUUAGUAGAGGUUAACGCAGUAACUGCACUGUUUCAGCUCAGCGCGUUUUCGGCCUACAGCGUCCAGUGGGCAAUGUUAGGGUUCGCUCCGACUGUUUUAGAUGGUUUGGGUCUAACAUGUGUACUGAUAGGAACGUUUUCUAUUGUGAUCUGGGAGGCAUUUGCUCGUUGGAAGGAACAAAAACACAUGACAUUAAUGAGACAACUAGAUUUUAAUGCCAUGCAAAGAAAUGAUAACCAGUAAGCUAAAAAUGCAAUAUAUGUGACGAUAUUGCGAGGAUUUGUUUUUAAUAAUGUGUUUUAUUUGCGUUUUACUGUUGUCUGUAGAAAACUAUCAUAAAAUUUGUG